AACCUAAAAAUAUUUGACUUACCAUUGCCUGUAAUCUCUCCUAAGGCAUUGCCUUCGGCACUGCACCGCUUCGCCACGAGCAUUCAGACGUCGCUUUCCAUAUUGUAUUGGUGCUUUUAAACUUGUCGGUCGGCAGCGAACCCACCGCUACCAAGGAAAAGCGAAGAUGCGGGAAAAAGCGCCCGCGCCGACGGGACUCGAACCCGCAACAUUCGUAUCAUGGUGCAAGCACCUUCACCACUAGGCCAGGCGGUCAACUGAUUCCAAUGCCAGAGGCUAAGAAGCUGUGGACGCGCACCAAGGCCUACUACAUGCAGAGGUUGCGUAUCCACGUCCCCAGCGGCAGUCCGGCUCCCGAGGACAUCAGGAAGCUGGGACCGUAUGGCAACCUGCUGCAAUUUCUGCAGCCGGUGACGAAGCGUGGCAAGAACGUCUCAUCGGCGGGGUUCAGAAACCAGCAAGAAGGCCCAGGUCACGCUGGAAUGCAACAUCAAUCGGCAGCUUCAUCUGCAUCAAGCUUUGAAUUUGACAGUGCGGAUGAUUUCUUGGCGCAGCUGCAGCAGUUCUCCGGCUCUGCGCAGAGCGGAAAUACGAAUUCCGAUGCUGGCUUAACCCCAUCUCCAGCCCCGGCACAGGCACCAGGUCGAACGCUGACCCAGUCUCCGGCACCGGCACCGGCACCAGUACCACCACCAGCACCGACGCCGGCGCCAGCGCCGGGACCAGCACCAGUACCAGUACCGACACCAGCACCAGCGCCGGGACCAGUACCAGUACCAGUACCGACACCAGCACCAGCGCCGGGACCAGUACCAGUACCGACACCAGCACCAGCGCCGGGGCCAGUACCAGUACCGACACCAGCACCAGCGCCGGGACCAGUACCAGUACCGACACCAGCACCAGCGCCGGGACCAGUACCAGUACCGACACCAGCACCAGCGCCGGGACCAGUACCAGUACCGACACCAGCACCAGCGCCGGGACCAGUACCAGUACCGACACCAGCACCAGCGCCGGGACCAGUACCAGUACCGACACCGCUACAGGCACCGGUCAGAGCACCAGCACCGGCCUCGACCCCGGCACAGGCAGUUCGUCAGCAAGGUUUAGCGGGGCGCAAGAGGCGCCGUGGAGAGGGUGACGAAUCCGUCGAUGGACGGAUUCUAGAGGAACUGGCGCAUGGACGACAGGAGAUAAGAAACAGAAACAGGGCAUUCGGAGCAUAUGUGGGUGCUGAACUAGAGUCGCGUGAUGAGGCCGCAGCCAAACGCCUACGCCGCGCUAUCUUUGAGCUCUUGCAAGAGUAAAAACGAAAAUGUGGCAGCUGAUUUUUUCAACAAUGAGAGUGGUUGAGUUGCGGUUGAGUUGUAUUUAUUGUUCUGACAUUGCAAUGUCAUGCGUGAGACCUUUAUAUUUCACACAAAAAAGUUUUAAUGCUACGCAAGCAAAUAAAUAAGUCGAUGAUGCA